AUGGCUUCUUUGAGACCAGCUCUAGCAAUGGUGGUACCUUCAUCACAAGAGUUUGUCCAGAUGCCAGGGCAAGUACAAUCCAAGAGACCCAACUAUGCACCAAUACCUCUUCAACCUAACAAACCUUUGCAAAUGAGUUUUGGACUGCGACAACCAGACCAAGUGCGACCAGGUGUACCUCAAAGAAUUGAAGUUUCCCCACAAGUCCAAAAAGGAUUCCAGAAACCCAUGUCAGGCCCUGUACUCGAUCCUGUGUUCACAGAUAAAGUGGUAAUGGAUCCAGUGUUUGUACCAAAGGUGCCUGUGCCAGCAAACACUGUGGACACUCAAUGUGGAGAGGUGUCUGUCAAAGUACAUGUCCAGCAAGAUUUCUUGGGAAAUGGUCAGUUCAUCAACCCUUCUGAUCUGACACUGGGUGGUUGUCCAUUUGUUGGAUUUGAUGACCAUGCCAGGAUUAUUGCCUUCGAGUCGGAGCUUCAAGGCUGUGGUAGCACGCUCGAGAUGACUGAAGAUUCACUUGUUUACUCCUUUGUUUUGGUGUAUUCACCUUCACCUAUUCCUGGCACGCCUAUUGUGAAGACCAAUGAAGCCAUGGUUGGUAUUCACUGCAUCUACCCAAGGAUGCACAAUGUGAGUAGCAAUGCCCUGCAUCCCACCUGGAUUCCUUAUGCUGCAUUGAGAGCUGGAGAAGAAAAGUUUCAGUUCUCCCUUAAACUCAUGACUGAUGACUGGCUGUAUGAGCGACCAUCAACCACCUACUUCCUUGGAGAUUACAUAAACAUAGAAGCCUCUGUGUUGCGUGCUAAUCAUGUACCCCUACGUGUUUACGUGGAAAGCUGUGUGGCUACUUUGGGCCCCAGUGGGAAUGCAGUUACGGUAUACACCUUUAUUGAGAACAAUGGAUGCAUGAUCGAUGCCAAGCUGACUGGCUCCAGAUCAAAGUUCAUGCCCAGGAUUCAAGAUGAUAAACUGCAGUUUCAGAUUGAGGCAUUCAAAUUUCAGCAAGAUGCCAGUGGAUUGAUCUACAUUACUUGUCAUCUGAAAGCUACAACAUACGUUCCCAUUGAUCCAACUCGCAAGGCCUGCUCUUUUCUUGCAGAAACCAACAGUUGGGUUUCUGCAAUUGGAGAUGAUCAGAUGUGUGACUGUUGUGAGACCAGCUGUGCUGUGAGGAAGGCUAGAAGUCUGUAUACUGAAGAUUCCGCAUUGGAAGAUGAGGCUACUGUUGGUCCAAUCUUUGUCCAAGGAAUGCCACCAAUUGACAAGCCCUUAUUCCAAAUUCGGGAAUCUUCUCCAAUUUCCUCAAAAGAUGCAGGUGAUCAUAUAUUCUCUUGA